AUGGAUCCAUUACCAUCAUUUGCAGGAGAUGAUUCAUAAAUAACUUAUCUAUUUGCCUGGGGACGCAAUAAAGAUGGAGAAUUGUCAAUUGUAAAAAAGGAUAUUAAUAUUGUGAUUAGGGUAAUCAAAAGAAAUGCAAUGCCCCAAAAACAGUUCAAGGAUUGAAGAAUUAAAUAGUUUAAUUGAUUAGUUCAGGUUCAAAUCAUUCAGGAAUUGUAACAUCUGAUGGUCAACUUUUUAUUUGUGGUUCUGCAUUACAUGGUUUGCAAUUCAAAUUUAAAAAAUAAUUUAGGUAAACUUGGUUUUGAAGAUGCAAAUCAACCAUCUUAUCCGAAAUUCUUACUUGUUUAGGCUAUGAAAGGCUUGUUUGUAACCUAAGUGGCAACAGGAGAUUAUCAUACUUUAUGUUUAUUAGACAAUGGAUAAGUAUAUGCUUGGGGUGGCACUUUACACAAAAAGUUAGGAUCUAAAGCAGGUAAACCAGCAAGAAUAGAAACAUUAAAAAAAACUAUUGUUUAAAUAGGUUGUGGAGAUUUUCAUAGUGCUGCAUUAAGUUCUAAUGGAGAUCUUUUUACUUGGGGAGGAGGAGGAAGAGAUUAUAAUAGAGGUCAAUUAGGUCAUGGACAUUUAAAUGAUGUUGAAACUCCCUAAGUUGUUAAAGAUAAUAUUGUCAAAUUNA